AUGCAACAACCUCGCGACACCAUUCAGCCAAGAAGGUCACCGAACAAGGCACAGGUUCAAACUAAUAACGAGAGACGCGAUAAAAAAGAGAAGCAUAGACGGGAAGUACAAAUUCAGAAGGAGAACGGUAAUUCGAGGGCUCAAUCUCCCACGACGCAACAACCACUCGUUGCAGCAGAAUCGUCCGCAGCUGGGGCUGUUCGGGAGGCAGCAUCAACGCCUCACCAGACUUUCCUAUUGCCAGAAACGGUAGUGUACAAGUAUCAAGCUCAACCUCUACCAAAAUGGUACCUUGCACUCAACAUCAAGAAGAAUGCUGAGAUGAAGCGAAUUGCCAAAAACCGUCCACAGGCGCUUUCCGCUCUCGACGCACUCAAAAAAUGCAUUGGCAGGUGUGAACAGGCGCAGAGAAACAACCCUGCCCAAAUACACAACCUCUACGAGGAGCUUCGCGACUACGUUCACAAGGCCGAAAUCAAGCUACACGUCACUGGACCGAUUGUGAGAACAGCCAUGAUACUCCACCCUACCGGACUGCCUUGCAUUUUCGCUGAAGAAUCCGCCUUCCCAUCGGAUCUCAAGAGCGAUAGCUAUCAGUUGUACUGUCGCUGGCUGAGAGAAGAUUUUGAUCAGAACAUCCUGCGUGGCAUUGUUCAAGUAAAGUCGAAAGAGCGAAACGCCGAUCGGCUUGACCAGGCUUACAAGAAGAAGUUCCCAACUACCGCCAAAUACUACGGAGGGGAAGGUCUAGUCCUGGGCCAGUGGUGGCCGACGCAACUCUGUACUGUGCGAGACGGAGCACACGGAGCAGCGCAGGGAGGCAUAUCUGGCGAAACAGACAAAGGCGCAUACAGCAUCGUGCUCUCAGGCGGUGGCUACCAUGACCAAGACGACGGCGAUGUCAUCGAAUACAGCGGCACAGAUGGAAAGGACUUCAAAGCAACAGACGCGACUCUGCACAUGGUCAAGUCCGCUGAGCUCGGCAAUCAAAUUCGCGUCAUCCGCUCCUCACAGCUGGUCAAGAAGAACAAGUAUCGCCCUGAAGUCGGACUACGCUAUGAUGGUCUGUACGUCAUCAAGAGUUUUAAGGUGACCGAUAGGGAGAAGCAAACGUACCGCUUUCACCUUGAGCGCUGUCCUGGCCAAGACCCGAUUCGAUGCGAGGACAAUUCUUCCAGACGGCCAACACCUUAUGAGGAGGAAGAAUUUCGGAACCUGAAGUUGAAGGAUUGGUAG